AUGAAUCAUUCUGGAGCAACCAGUGAUCAGAGAGCAGCAGUUGAAGUCUCAAAGGACAAGAUUGGAAUUGACCAAGUUCUGCUUCAUAACCCUCGAGGAGCUUCCGUUCAGGUUAGCUUGCACGGAGGCCAGGUUCUUUCCUGGAAGACUGAACGUGGUGAAGAACUGUUAUUCAUUAGUAGCAAGGCAAUCUUUAAGCCACCAAAAGCAGUGCGAGGAGGAAUUCCAAUCUGUUUUCCACAGGUUGGAAAUGGAUCAUUGGAGCAAAACGGGUUUGCCAGGAACAGGAUUUGGGUCAUUGACAAUGAUCCUCCACCUCUACAUCCCAAUGAUUCUAAUGGCAAAGCCUACAUCGACUUGCUGCUCAAACCAUCCGAAGAAGAUCUGAAGAUUUGGCCACAUAGUUUCGAGUUUCGUCUUAGAGUGUCACUGGCAGCAGAAGGGUAUCUAACCCUGAUAUCGCGUAUCAGGAACAUCAAUUGCAAGCCCUUCAGUUUUUCAUUUGCGUAUCAUCCAUAUUUCUCCAUUUCUGAUAUCAGCGAAGUGAGGAUUGAGGGCUUGGAGACUCUUGACUACCUAGACAACCUAUUUCAGAAGGAGCGCUUUACAGAACAAGGCGAUGCCUUAACAUUUGAAUCUGAGGUCGACCGGGCUUAUCUUAGGUCUAAAGAUGUGAUAGCUGUUUUCGAUCAUGAAAAGAAGAGGACAUUCGCCGUACGAAAGGAGGGCCUUCCAGAUGUUGUUGUUUGGAAUCCAUGGGAGAAGAGAUCCAAGGCCAUAGUGGAUCUUGGAGAUGAAGAGUAUAAACAGAUGCUUUGUGUUAAUGGAGCAUCAAUUGAGAAGCCAAUCACCUUGAAGCCUGGUGAAGAAUGGACUGGCAGAUUGGAGCUCUCUGUUGUCCCUUCAAGUUAA